CCCGCCUAGAAGGCGAGGCUUCAGCGCACUUCGCCGCCUGAAAAUGCACCCACCCGUAGAUGUGCAGAAAUCUAGCAGUGGCCCUGAUUUGUCGGAAACCAUGGGGGAAGCUGGGGUCUGAGUUGUGAGAGCGAGAAAGAGAUAGAGAUAGAGAGUGACCCGCGUGCUCUCUUAAGGUGUGCCGAUCCUGUUCACUGUUCCUGUUGCAGUGCCGCGCCAGCAGCGCGUAACAAAGCCAUGCCUCCCCCGUCGGACAUAGUGAAGGUGGCCAUCGAGUGGCCUGGCGCCAACGCGCAGCUCAUCGAGAUCGACCAGAAGAAGCCCCUCUCCUCCAUAAUACGAGAAGUGUGUGAUGGCUGGUCUUUGUCUGGGUCGGAGCAGUUUGCCCUGCGCUACGCUGACGGCCCUCAACUGUACAUCACAGAGCAGAGCCGUGGUGAGAUCAAGAAUGGGACCAUCCUUCGACUAGCCAUCUCCCCGGCUCGGGCAGCGCGGCAGCUGUUGGACAGAAUCCAGUCGCACGGGAUCGACGCGCGCCUCGAGGCCCUGAAGGAGCUGGCCAAGCUGUCGGCCGACCCCACCUUCGCCACCGAGUUCAUCAACAUGGACGGCAUCAGCACUCUGGCACGCCUGGUGGAGAGUGGCACACAUUUUGGUGAGAUGCUGGCCUUCACUCUCACAGCGUUCCUGGAGCUGAUGGACCAUGGCAUCGUGUCCUGGGACCUCAUCUCUCUCUCCUUCAUAAAGCAGAUUGCGGGCUACGUGAACCAGCCCAUGGUGGACGUGUCCAUCCUCCAGCGCUCGCUGGCCAUUCUGGAGAGCAUGGUGCUGAACAGCCACAGCCUGUACCACCGCGUGGCCCAGGAGAUCACUGUGGGACAGCUCAUCGGACACCUGCAAGUGUCAAAUCAGGAGAUCCAGACGUACGCCAUCGCGCUCAUCAAUGCCCUCUUUCUCAAAGCUCCUGAGGACAGGCGACAGGAGGAGCAUACUAACCCACUGGACCAGCGGCUCACUGAAAUGGCAAGCACCUUGGCCCAGAAGCACCUCCGAUCCAUCAUCCUCAAUCACAUCAUCAGAGGGAAUCGACCAAUCAAAGCGGAAAUGGCCCACCAGCUCUACGUGCUGCAGGUCCUGACAUUUAAUCUGCUGGAGGAGCGCAUGAUGACCAAAAUGGAUCCCACUGAUCAGGCGCAGAGAGACAUUAUAUUUGAGUUGAGACGGAUUGCCUUCGAUGGAGACAAUGACCCCAGCAACACAGAGAAGAGGAAGGCCAUGUACACCAAGGACUACAAGAUGCUGGGCUUUACUAACCAUGUAAACCCAGCCAUGGACUUCACCCAGACUCCCCCGGGGAUGUUGGCCCUGGAUAACAUGCUCUACCUGGCCAAGCUGCACCAAGACACCUACAUCAGGAUUGUUCUGGAAAAUAGCAGUCGUGAGGACAAACACGAGUGUCCCUUUGGCCGCUGUGCCAUCGAGCUCACACGCAUGCUGUGUGAGAUCCUACAAGUAGGAGAACUACCGAACGAGGGCUGUAACGACUACCACCCCAUGUUCUUCACCCACGAUCGUGCCUGGGAAGAGUUUUUCUGCGUGUGCAUUCAGCUCGUCAACAAGACCUGGAAGGAGAUGAGAGCUACUGCCGAGGACUUCAACAAGGUGAUGCAGGUGGUGCGCGAGCAGAUCACGCGUGCUCUGGCCCUGAAGCCCUCGUCUCUGGACCAGCUCAAGAGUAAACUCCGCGCCCUCAGCUACUCAGAGAUCCUGCGCCUCAGGCAGUCAGAGAGGAUGAACCAGGACGACUUCCAGUCUCCCCCCAUCAUUGAGCUCCGUGAGCGGAUCCAGCCGGAGAUCUUGGAGCUGAUCAAACAGCAGCGUCUGAAUCGGCUGUGCGAAGGCAGCUGUUUCCGCAAGCUAGGCAACCGAAGGAGACAAGAGAAGUUCUGGUUCUGUCGGUUGUCUCUGAACCAUAAGGUUCUUCACUACGGGGACCUGGACGAGUCCCCUCAGGGAGAGGUGCCCUUUGAGAUGCUCAUGGACAAGAUCCCGGUGUCGGACAUAAAGUCGGUGGUGACGGGGAAGGACUGUCCUCACAUGAAGGAGAAGAGUGCUCUCAAGCAGAACAAGGAAGUGCUGGAGUUGGCGUUCUCCAUCCUCUAUGACCCAGAUGAAGCGCUCAACUUUGUAGCUCCCAACAAGUAUGAGUACUGCAUCUGGACAGAUGGUCUGUGUGCCCUGUUGGGGCGGGAGAUGGGGAGUGACCUCACGCGCAGCGACUUGGACACACUCAUCAGCAUGGAGAUGAAGCUCCGCCUACUGGACCUGGAGAACAUCACCAUCCCCGAGGCCCCGCCUCCCGUGCCCAAAGAGCCCAGCACCUACAACUUCACCUACAACUACGGCUGAGCUGAGUGUGUGUGUGUGUGUGUGUGUGUGUGUGUGUGUGUGUGUGUGUGUGUCUGUCUGUCUGUGUGUCUGUCUGUCUGUCUGUCUGUCUGUCUGUCUGUCUGUCUGUCUGUCUGUCUGUC